UGCUCUGACAGAAAAGCCUCUCACAGGCCCGACACCCCCUCUCAGUGCAGGAAGACAGGUCUCCAGACACAGCUACAAGGAUGGGAAGACAACAGUACUACCUGGAUAAGCUCUCCCGCACCUUCCAGAUCCGCAACAAGCUCUUGCGUCAGGCCCUGGCCGAAUGUCUCGGGACCCUGAUUCUCGUGAUGUUUGGCUGCGGUUCAGUGGCACAACUGACGCUGAGCAAGGGCACACAUGGCAUGUUCUUCACCGUUAACUUCGCCUUUGGCUUCGCUGCCAUGCUGGGAAUCUUGGUGUCUGGCCAGGUGUCAGGCGGGCACCUCAACCCUGCUGUGACAUUCGCUCUUUGCCUCCUGGGCCGAGAGAAAUGGAGGAAGUUUCCCAUCUACUUCCUGGCCCAGACCAUUGGUUCCUUCUUGGGUGCCGCUGUAAUCUUUGGUCUCUAUUAUGAUGCCAUUUGGGACUUUGCUGGAAAGAUGCCAGAUGAGCUGUUCGUUGAGGGUGAGAAGGCCACGGCUGGGAUAUUUGCUACAUACCCGGGCCCGCACCUUGACAUUGUUAAUGGUUUCUUUGAUCAGACCAUUGGCACUGCGGCUCUGAUCGUGUGCAUUCUAGCCAUCGUGGAUCCCUACAACAACCCCGUCCCUCCAGGCCUGGAGGCCUUCACUGUGGGCUUCGCCGUCCUGGUCAUCGGCCUCUCCAUGGGCUUCAACUCCGGCUACGCUGUCAACCCGGCACGUGACCUGGGACCGCGCCUCUUCACCGCCAUUGCUGGCUGGGGCACGGAGGUGUUCACGGUAGGGAAGUGUUGGUUCCUGGUGCCAAUCUUUGCCCCUUUCCUUGGCUCCAUCGUUGGGGUCAUGGUCUACCAGCUGAUGGUGGGCUUCCAUGAGGAAGGGAAGGUGCGCGACAACAAAGCUGCUAUCGAGGAGACGGUCAAACUGAACGACAUCACCACAGAAAAGGACGGGAAAGACGGCACUGUCGCAUGAGACAGUCAUCAUGCCUCUAUCUCUUUUCAAAGGAAAGUGCAGAACUCUGAAGACACUGUGGGCCAGAUGUACCUACAUUUGCGAACGUAGCGUCAGCGUCAUGGACAAACCGCAGACUGCAAACGCUGUCAGACCCAAGUUUCCGUCAUAUUUAUCAA